GCCUGAAACCCGGAAUUCUUCAUUAGACAUCGUACGAGCGAAAAGCUAGGGCAAUAUAAGGAUAUCGAGAGCACACGAUCGUAUCGAGAAAAGGUACACUUUUCGCGAUGACCUACACGCUUUACCCGGUGGAACUUGAAUCGCGCACUUCAACACGUCCUCCGCGGAAGCGCACGACAUCAUCACAAAGCGUCAACUUUUCGCGCCCAAACCGAACAUCCCCAACACCUCCACAAUCAAGUCAAACGACCGCUCCUCGAAUCAAUAUCCAAAUUCAAGCCCCAACUCCCACCACAGCAUUACCUGCUCCACAUUCAAAAGCAAAACGAACAACCCAUAAACUCAAAAUGCGAACAUACUUCCUCACAGGUGCGAACCGCGGAAUCGGCCUCGAAUUCGUUCGCCAACUCUCUUCCAACCCACACACAACCGUCAUCGCAGGCGUCCGCUCAAAAUCAAACGACAUAUCCACGCUCGAAGCCCUCAACACAAACAGCAACGUGCACAUUAUCGAAUGCGACGUAUCCUCCCCAGACUCACUCUCCAGCCUAAGUUUUCGAGUAGCAGAAAUCCUCUCCCAGACAGGCGCGAAUCUAGAUUACCUCUUCAACAUAGCAGGCAUCAACGCGACAAGCGCGGACACAAGUCUAAGCCUUGACGCCGAGUCGCUGCAGAGACAUAUGCAGAUUAACGUCCUCGGCCCCGCGAAGAUCGUGCAGAGUCUGCGCGGGUAUCUUGCGCGCGGGGCGGUGGUGAUGAAUAUGACGUCUGGGCUGGGUUCGUUGACGGUUGCUACGGAUGUGACCAAGUGCUGCACGUAUAGUAUGAGUAAAGCGGCGCUGAACAUGUUGACGUUGCAUCAAGCGAAGGAUUUGAAAGGGGCGGGUGUCAAGGUGCUUUGUAUGGAUCCUGGGUGGGUUAAGACGCGGAUGGGCGGGAAAGGAGCGAUGAUCGAGGCGCAAGUUAGUGUGGAGAGUAUGCUGGGUGUUGUUGCUGGGUUGAAGGAUGGGGAUAGUGGGAAGUUUUAUCGGUAUGAUGGCGGUGUUAUACCGUGGUAGAUUGGAAGUCAAGACUGAGAUUCCUAUUUUUGCUUGUGAAGAGAUGGAAAAGAAAAUGUACAAAGACUGAUAUCACACGACAGGGGAUGUACUCGUUUCCAUGGUUCACAAACUUGAUGCUUAUUAUCGAACUAUCUC